UUCAUACAUUUCAUUAGAUAAGGAAAUAAAACAGCAAAAGUUGUGUUUGUGUGUGUUAAUACAAAAUAAAAAUAAUGAUAAUUUAAAAAAUCAGCUGUUAUUGACUUUAUUCAUUUCCAACAUGUUCUUGAUAUCAUGAUGACCUAACUCUUUGGCAUUUUACUUAACAUCAUAUUUAUUUGUUGCUAUAAAAUUAAAGUUUUUAAUUUUAGCAAUGAUUGAUAAGAAAUCAAUCUGAUUUCCUUCAUUUCUGUCUUUCUGUCUGUAGGCUGAAUAUGUUAUUAUUUACUCUUUAAUGUUUACUAAAAUAAUGGUGUAGGCCUUUAUAAAUUGCACUAAUAUCACCAGUAAAAAGCCUCAAAUGAGUAAAGAUAUAGAAACAAUAUUUCAGGCAGAAAUUAACCAGCUAAAAUGCUUUUACAGUUAUUUCAGAAUUAAUAAACUAUGAGAAAUAGAGAGAUGGUAUAUUUAGGUUGAGUUCAUUUUUAAAAAGUAGUAUACAAAACCCGCAUGUACCCAUAAAGAGCUUUUACUGUAUGAAACAAUGCUGAGAUGUGUGUGACAGAACAUCGUCAUGAUUAGAAUGUUUAGUCAGGAGAUUCAGUUAAACAUAAACAAACUCAUUCAGUGUUUUUUGAAUUUCAAAAUUUACAAUUGACGGUUUUUCGAAAAAGACGAACUUCAUCGACGACAAUUGUUUCAUCCUGACAUCAACUGACUACCGACUGCCACAGACCAAAGCUGUUUCAGCAUGGAAGAUAUUCAGCGCUAUACUUGGACUGCUGUUGUCUUACCAAACCCCAACCGGCCCGGCAGCCCAAGGUUCAUACUUCGCAGGGUACUGGUACCAGCCUACUCUAGCAGCUCUUCUGCAAGCUCCUCACCUACCUCUUCCUUCUCUUCUUCCUCCUCUAGUUUUUCUCACUCAUCCUGCAGCUCCUCUCCAAGCUCCUCACCUACCUCUUCCUAUUCUUCUUCCUCAUCUGGCUUUUCUCACUCAUCCUGCAGCUCCUCUCCAAGCUCCUCACCUACCUCUUCCUAUUCUUCUUCCUCAUCUGGCUUUUCUCACUCAUCCUGCAGCUCCUCUCCAAGCUCCUCGCCGAGCUCCUCGCCUACCUCUUCCUCCUCAUCUUGUUGCGCUUCCCCAAGCUCUCCCCCUAGCCAGCCCCUUUCAGUGACAGAGGAUGAAAACUGGACCUGUGAGGUAUUCAAUGAUCAGAACAAGAUCAUCCUAAGAAAGGUGAAGACAACAAGCUGCACUCAGAGACCGGAGGUGCUCAGCUGUACAGCACGCCCCCCUACAACAUCUCAGACCCACACCAAGCCUGCUGUGAUCCCAACCGGCCCUAAACCCAAGUGGGUGAAGAACCUGCAGGCCAUCAUAAGGGAGAGAAACAAGCAGCGUGGCAUCAGGGGAUAUAAGAGACCUGCUCGAAAGUCGGAAUGUGACCCUCCAGGGAAGCGUUCUUACAACAAAUAAUUUAAAGUCAUUUUAAAGGACCAUGCACUGAUGCAAAUCAUUUGCUUGUCACUGAACAUGUGACUCUGGUCAGGGUGCCCGUCAGACUUGGGGAUGAUCUGGGGGGGAUAGCGUGAACCUUCAACGUGUUAUGCCCUCUUGGAGAAGCUCCUUUCUGGCAGAUGAGAAAAGGAUGCACACACCAUGUCAAGAAGGUUCAUAUGUCUGUCUGCGCCCACCCUAGACCAACAAUGGAGUCAACUGUGACCACAGGAGGACCACAGUGCAUGGGUCAAUAGUGAUUUAAGUUGAUGUGCUGUGAUGUUAUGUGUGUAAAUUUUAAGGACCAUACGCUGAUUAUGGAUUAAUUCCUUGUCACUGAACAUGUGACUCUGGUCAGGGUGCCCGUCAGACUUGGGGAUGAUCUGGGGGGGAUAGCGUGAACCUUCAACGUGUUAUGCCCUCUCGGAGAAGCUCCUUUCUGGCAGAUGAGAAAAGGAUGCACACACCAUGUCAAGAAGGUUCAUAUGUCUGUCUGCGCCCACCCUAGACCAACAAUGGAGUCAACUGUGACCACAGGAGGACCAAAGUGGAUGGGUCAAUAGUGAUUUAAGUUGAUAUGCUGUGCUGUGAUAUGCUGUGCUGUGAUAUGCUGUGAUAUGCUGUGCUGUGCUGUGCUGUGAUAUGCUGUGCUGUGCUGUGAUAUGCUGUGCUGUGAUAUGCUGUGCUGUGCUGUGCUGUGCUGUGCUGUGCUGUGCUGUGCUGUGCUGUGCUGUGCUGUGAAAUGAUGUGAUGUGAUGUGAUGCAAGCUCAGCAAAGAGCCAGUGCCCCUGAGCCAAUUGAGAUGGCUUCAGACAUCUGAUCAGGAUGCCUUCUGGGCGCCUGGGUAUCUCUUAGGAGAUGGUAAACAUUGCUGGGGAGAGCCCUGCUUGUUCUGCUGCUACCACGACCCGGCCCUAGUUAAGGGUAAGAAAACUGAUGUAUUGAUGGAUGCUGUGCUGUGCUGUUAUGCAAUGUGUCUCCAAUGUGUUUCUUUCAAGCUCCUCUCUGGCAGAUGAGAAAAGAAAUUUUGGACAACAGCCCAGUGAAAAAAUAGUAAUGGUAAAAAAUAGUUACAGGCUACUGUAAUUAGAGUCCUGUGUAAUUAUCCUCAAUACCAGGGGGUAACAAAAUAAAGGAGGAGGACCAAAGUGGAUGGGUCAAUAGUGAUUUAAGUUGAUAUGCUGUGCUGUGAUAUGCUGUGCUGUGCUGUGCUGUGAUAUGCUGUGCUGUGCUGUGCUGUGCUGUGCUGUGCUGUGAUAUGCUGUGAUAUGCU